AAUACGACAAAUUCCAUUCAACAACAAUGCAUUAAUUGUACAUCAACGUCAAUAGUUGUCACAUCAUAUCCCGACGGAACUUUUAAAAUCCAAUUGAAGUCAUGGAGAUUAUGGAGGAGCAAAGACGAAUUACGGAAGACUCGUCCGAAUACCAGUGGGCCACGAGAACCAGCAUCUUUAAAGACGAAGAGGAGGACCAGUGGAAGCAAAGGCGCGCGGUUCCUCUCACCGGAUUAAAAUCGAUAGCAUCCAUAGGUAAAAGUUUCGACUUCGGCCACACCGAAGAAGAUCACACCAGGAUAUUCGCAUCUCUCGUACCGGACGAAGUCAUCUACAACAUCAACGAUUAUUCAAAGAGGCAGUUUGACGCUUGCCUUUUGUUUGGAGACGUUUCGGGAUUCACCGAUUUGUGUGAAAAAUACAACAAAUCGGGCAAAGGAGGCCCGUCGAGGCUGACCCAAGUGUUGAAUAGUUACAUCGGCGCCAUGGUGCAGGAAAUUUUAUCUCACGACGGUGACGUCCUCAAAUUUUCCGGCGACGCCUUUAUAGCGAUGUGGAAGGUUUCGGAAAACAUGGCGAUGAAAGAUAUUGUCCACGAAGCGCUGGACUGCUCGUUGGUCAUCCAGAAAACGUACGGACGCUACGAAACCGACGUGGACGUGGUUAUCAGAGUAAAACUAGCGAUUUCAUCGGGAAACGUAAUUUUUUCGCUGUUGGGAAACGAAGAGAACUCCCACUACUUCCUGUUUGGCCAGUCGGUUUUGGACUUGAAAGCUGCCGAAGCCCAGAGUUUUGCGGGAGACAUCAUCGUGACACGCGCCGCUUGGCAACACGUCAGCCCCAACGAAUACCUAGCUGAAGAAUUGAAAGAUGGACUCGCGAAAGUUUACGGAGUAGGCCCAAACUGGAGGAAUAUAAAGAAAAGGGAAACCACCAAAGAAGACAAGUUCAAACUUGUCGUGGACGAUCAAAAAGAAAGCGACGAGAGUAUCAACGAAGUGAGCGAAGAUGAAGAUACGGAAUGUGUUACGGUGAACGGGUCUCGUGGCGGAACCUUGAGGACAUCAGCUGACACGGCGGCCACCCAGAUUUACGUCGCCAGUGACCAAUACGCAUUGAGGCCCUCUGUGAAUUUCUGCGUCAGAAUGAAGAUGUUAAAUGACCUAAAAAAAUUCGUGAUACCACCGGUAGAAAAGGCCAUCAGCGCGGAAGAACCUAUCGAGUAUCUGACAGAAAUACGUCAUGUGACCGUACUGUUUAUCAACUGCAAAAUAGAUCCCGAACAAGCGAUCAAACCCAAUCAGUGCAUCGAUAUCGCCAACGAAGUAUACGUCACGGUCUGCAGUUUGGUGAAACAUCGGUACGGUUGCCUAAACAAAGUGAACAUGUUCGACAAGGAUCUGAUGCUGCUCGUAAUAUUCGGUUUGCGGGGUCUCAAACAUGAACUCGAAAGCCAAAUCGCUCUCAAAUGUGCCAAAGAAUGUUACGACCUUCUAAUGAAAAUUAAACACGUUGCCGGAGUCGGGGCUGCCGUUACAAUGGGAAAAACCUACUGCGGCGCUUUCGGCCAUACCCUGAGGCGGGAAUACACGGUGAUCAGUCUGAUAGUAAACAAGGCGGCCAGAUUAAUGAUGGCGUAUCCCAAUCGCGUGAUUUGCGACCGAGAAACGUUCCUCCAUAGCAAACUCGAAUCGAAGAAUUUCAUUUUGCAAGAGUUUAAACCAUUAAAGGGCAUCGUCAGUCCCGGUCCGAUCUACGAGUUUAAGGAAGUCGAACGAACGAGAGCGGUAGCUUCGUCGAUAUCGACACGUCCGCUUUUGGGUCGCGAAAAAGAGCUCGAUCUCUACCUACACUUGUUCGAGCUAGCCAGAAAAUGCGGAAAAGAAACGCGUGAAGACGAGUUCUUUGGGAUGCUGGUGGUGCAAGGGGAGUCGCGGCAAGGAAAAACGCGGCUUUUGGAGGAGAUGACUUAUUGCACGGACAGAUCGAUACCCGUCAAUAGGUUCACACUGACGAAAAGUGAUUCGGAGAUCCCGUAUACUACGAUCCGACUGGUGUUCUACCCGCUGCUAGGAUUAACGGAACGAUCCAGGCAGUCGGAAAGGCAGACGAAGAUACAUAGAAGGUUUAAAAGAACGACUGGCUCUAUCGAAGAGUGCUGCUUUCUAAAUAAGAUAUUCGACGUAACUUUUAAAUCGUUGACGAAAUAUGACGCCAUGGAUAAGGCUACCCGUUCUAGCAUGACGCAAAAAGUUUUCCGAUUUUUUUGCUACGCGUGCUUCACUUGCUUCUGGCUGAUAGUGAUCGAUAACGCCGAGAACAUCGACAGCGAUUCUUGGUCGCUCCUCCGUAUAAUGAUCAAUACUAAAUUGGUCUUUAUCGUCGCCGCAAUGGGCAAGAGAAGCCAUCUGGGACAGGUGGCAAAAGACACUAUGAAUAUGUCUAGGAUUAAAAUAAUCAAGUUGAAGCCUAUCGAUAAGUGGUUCCACGUGGGCUUGGCGUGUCAAAUGUUGGACGUUGAGGCGAUCCCUCCGGAACUAGAAAAAGUGAUACAAUCUCGAAGCAAUGGAAACCCCGGCUGGAUCGAGAGCUUUCUGAUCACUUUGCUCCAAUCCGCUGGCCUUUUCAUCAGAACGAUAACCAGAAAAAUGGCGUACGAGAGCGGACUGGUGCUCGCACCGUUGUAUAUGAUGAUUAGGCUUAGCGACGAAGAGAAAGACCUCUGGAUCGAAAUCAUGGAGGAAGCUGGCACGGAGAGGGGCACAGACGCGGCCAGAUGGAAGAUGUACGUGGAUAGCUGUCGCGCGAGUUUCCCGGAUUUGUCGGUUGCCCAAAGUUUAAAGGACAAAUUCGAAUUGGACAGCUCGAUAAAGGUGAGCGUGCUGAACCCGAUAUUCAACUUGCAAGAGGUCGAUCCCGAGCUGGCGAUGGACGUUCUCAUUUUGAAAACAUUCGACGCGCUGACGUUUUACGAACAACUGCUGGUCAAGUGCAGCUCCGUACUCGGCGACAUUUUCCCCAGAGCGAUGCUGACGUUUAUCGUGACGUCGUCGUCGACGCGUCCGACGGCCCUGGCCGUGAAGAAGUUAUUUGAGAUUCGGGUGCUGAGCUGCGCGAGAGGCAAUUUUAUUGAGGGCGGUCUUAUAUUCAAAGAGAGGUUGAAAAAUCCGAACGAGGAAACGCAAGUGAUAUGCGAAUGCAAGGGACUGAUAAUCGACGACGACUGCCUCGAUUUGCCCAAAUAUGCUUCAUGUGGAUAUUUGAGGUUCUUGAGUAGGCCGUUUAGAGAAACGACGUACAAUUUACUGACGGACAAUCAGAAAAAGGAAUUUCACUCCCGGGCCAUACGCUUUUUGGAAAUGGAAACACGCAAAUGUCAAGGUUGCGGCCGAGGCUUCUUCGUCAGAUACAUGGGAAACAAAUUGGAUUACGAGUUGCGAAAGACAAAAACGAUAAAAAGAAAGGAGAGAAAGAUAUCACCGUCGCUAUCUAGCGACCAAACCAGCGUCACUUUGAUCGGAUCCGAUAGGGAAACGAAAUAUUCGAUUUUCAGCAGGGAUAGCGGCAGCACGAGGUCGGGAAAAGAAACGGGAAUGGCGAGGGAAUGGGGAACGACCGUUUCCACGAUGUCCCACAUAUCGGACUCUUUUUCCGGCUCGAGGUUUUUCGAAGACGAGCCUGAAGAAUCGAGAAUUGAUAUGACGGGCAUCGGUUACAGGAUGGUCCGAAAGUACAAAGACGACUUUAACAUUAUCAAAACGUUCUCCGAUGCCGACUUUAGUCACUGCACGUGUCUGCUCAUCCUGAGCACGAUGUACACGCAACUUAUCGAACAUUGCAGCGGUGCUGGUUUAAUGGAGAAAUUGUUGAACACCAUGAUCGAAUAUUGCUACGUGUGUAUAGAUUCGCAAAACGUGCCCCACUCCUUUAAAAUAUUGGAGGACGCCUUCAAAUUGCUGAAUGAAAACUUGAAACAAACGAUGGAACUUAGCUGGAUGGUCACUUUAAAGCGAGGUAAACUGUACACUAUCAUGGGUUACGCGAGGAUGGAGAUCGGUCAAAUGAACGAAGGAUACGAACUGCUAAGGAACGCUUUGGAUUGUUAUGGGGUCGAUUUUCCAGUCAACGAUGUCGCGUUGAACCUUCAAAAGGUGACUCUAGCGUUCCAGCAAAACAUUUAUCUAUACUUGUUUCCGAAACUGCACAAGAAAAGCAGGGAAGACGACGAUUUCUCUCAGUACUGCAACGACGUGUCCGAAUGCCUCACGUAUCUCUGUCGCUACUAUUUGGCCAAAGAAAAUUGGAGUUACGCGAAGCUGGCGGCCAUGUGGAGCUUGAGGGAAGCGUUGAAAUCGUCCACGGACUUUAACGUCAUUUGCCUCGCUUACGCUAACAUGAUUAAAAUUUGCACUCACUACGGGCACCAGAAGCACAACGUCGCGCUAGAAGUGUUUGCUUUUGAGUUCUGCAGCAGGAAGAGGUCCGCGGUAGAGCUGGACGAAUUGAAAGCGGUGGCCGAAAUGUACUGCGAAAUAUUCUUCGCCAGAACCGUCAGAUCGGAAAUAGAAAAGGCGAUACACAUUGGAUACUUGCUAUGGAGAAUGGGAUCCUCUGCGCACGAGUAUCUCAUUUUGCUGUCGAUGCUGCCGAUGCUGAUGCAGCUCGCUCUCAUGAGGAAACACAUGAGCGAAGCAAAAAAUAUCACGCAAGAGGUGUUACUGCUGUCUCUUGAAGAUACAGACAUUUCAGAAAAGUCAUGGUAUUACGCCCUGUGCUUGGCAUUCCAUUUGGAAACGGGGUUGAUAAUCGAACCUUUCCACACAUGUUUGGAGUUUAGCCAGAGCGAAGGCAGAGAACCGGCUUUGAGAGAUCCAGAUGCGAAAGUAAGACUCGCGUUGUCCAUUUGGCUCUGGAAUAUCCGAACGGGAAACUGGGAGGGGGCUUUUAUUUGGGAAGAAGACGCCAUGAAUUUCAGAUUGAGGAGCGAGGGUGAAACGGUGGCGAAUCUGUCGACGGCUCUUUAUUUGUUGGAAGGUUUGAUCGUUUUGAUGGUGAUGAAAAUGGACAAGAAAAAUAUCGCGGCCGCUGACGGCGCCGCUAGACGAAUCGAUCAGCUGCUUAAGGAGUUGUUCAAAGCAUCCAAAUCGGUGAAAAUAAUUUUGCCGAGGUUAUAUCAUCUCAAAACGUAUUACUACCUAGCGAAAACCAAUAACUACACAGAUGCUUUUAAAAUGAUUAAAAAAGCGACAGAUGUUGCCACGAAGUUCGGGAACGAGUUGGAGCUCUCAUGGAUCAACCACUCCCAGCAGGCGUGGUACCACAAGUUACCUAAAAUGGAGAGACGAUUCUGGAUCGAGCACUGUCAAGGAGAAUCUCAGAUACAAUACAGCGAGGCUGACGAAUUCUGUGAGAGAUGCUGGCAUUUUACUUUACCAACACCUAUAUAUUUGUAA